UUAUCGACACAAAUUUUUCGCCAAACGAGCAAAAGAUUUGUGGACAAUUGUAGCAAAUUGUAGGAAAUUGCGAGGAUUGUACUAGUUACGUGCAAACGUGAAGUAAUUUAUAAAACAAUGGCAGAAGAAAAAAAUGACAGUCCAAGUAACAAAUCAGAGCAGACAGAAGCUGUCGAGGAAAAGAAGAUAAAGCCUGAUGACAAGAUCAAGUCAAAAUCUAAGCAGGAUGAAGCAGCGGAGAAAGCCAGUGUACAAAGUAACAAUAAUGAAAGCAGCAGUUGCUAUUGUGGCAAAGAAAGGAAUCUGAACAUUGUGGAGCUACUUUGCGCUAGCUGUUCUCGUUGGUUCCAUGAGUCCUGUAUUGGAUAUCAAUUGGGCAAACUAGUGCCAUUUAUGAUGAACUACAUAUUCGUGUGUAAGAACUGUUCACCGACAGGAUUAGAAAGCUUUAAGAAGAACCAAGCGCCAUUUCCUCAGAUGUGCGUAACUGCAAUUGCAAAUCUACUGCAGAUGUGCCAAAAAGAGAACGAACAGAAGACUCUUUUUCAUAAGGACAAGGAUAUCAUACCAUUCAUCGAUUGUCAUUGGGAGAGUAUGACUACGAUGCCUCGCAGAGCUACUCAAUCUUGGCAUGCUACGAUCCACAGAGCGUUACUUAAAGAUAUUGGGACGCUGUUUACGAUGGAUGAGAAUACGUCUGAGGGUCAGCUGUUUGGAUUGGCGAGCUCUGAACUCACGUCAAUUAAACCGAACUACGAAGCAAUGAUCAAGAACGGUCAUCUUCGUGCAACCGAAAUGGGCAUACAACACGUCGUGCCACUUAGCGGAGGAUUGCGAGGUCGUAACGCAAAGCGAAAGCUCCCAGGCGAAACCGCGGGUACAGGUUCCGGCAAAAAGGGCAGAGGAUCCGACAUGACUACCCCCAAGCUGCCAGCUCAUGGUUAUCCACUCGAGCAUCCCUUCAACAAGGACGGUUACAGAUAUAUCUUGGCAGAGCCGGAUCCUCAUGCACCUUUCCGACAGGAAUUCGACGAAAGUAGCGAUUGGGCUGGUAAACCUAUACCUGGAUGGCUCUAUCGCGCUCUUAGCCCAAGUACGGUCUUGCUUGCGUUACAUGAUCGUGCACCGCAACUUAAAGUGGCUGAAGACAGACUAGCAGUCACUGGAGAAAAAGGAUAUUGCAUGAUAAGAGCCACACACAAUGUAAGUAGAGGUGCUUGGUACUGGGAAGCCACAAUUGAAGAGAUGCCAGAAGGAUCCGCGACGAGAUUAGGAUGGGGACAGGAAUAUGCAAAUUUACAAGCUCCACUUGGCUACGACAAGUUUGGUUACUCAUGGAGAUCGAGAAAAGGAACACGGUUUCACGAAAGUCGCGGCAAGCAUUAUAGUGACGGUUAUGGCGAAGGUGAUACCUUGGGUUUCCUCAUACUUCUUCCGGACACACAUGAUGCGUCACACAUUCCGAAUACUUAUAAAGACAGACCUUUAGUAAAAUUCAAGAGCCAUUUGUACUACGAGGAAAAGGAUCAAGUGCAGGAAGCCUUGAAAGCUCUACGGCCUUUAGAGGGGAGCAAAAUUAUAUAUUACAAGAAUGGAGUCAACCAAGGUGAUGCUUUCAUAGAUAUCAAUAAGGGCGCUUAUUAUCCAGGGAUUUCACUAUACAAGAGCGCAAUGGUAUCCGUAAAUUUUGGGCCGAAUUUUAAAUAUCCUCCAACGGAUGUUACGUUUAGAGGCAUGUACGAGAAGGCAGAGGAGGCAAUAGCUGAGCAGUCAAUGGCGGAUAUACUUUAUCUUACUGAGAACGAGGGCAAAUUAAGACUGGACACAUUCGUAUUGUGACAUUAGUGCAUCUUUUUAUUUUUGUCAUUUUCGUUAUGCGUUAUGUAAUUACUACGAUUGCAAGGAUUGGCACAACAAUACUAGUGGCCUAAUUAAAGUAAAAAAAGAAAAUAAACCGUGAUUUUUUACUUGUAUUUAUUUGUGAAUAAGUAUAUGCUUACUGAAAGUUUUCUUAUUUUUAAUAUAUGUAGUAAUAAAAUUUAAUAUAUGAAGUAAAACGAUAAAAAGGAGAACAAUGAAUCUCACCAAUUCGUAACUUGUUUUUUAUGUCAAAUUUGUGUUAUGUGCUUUAUUAUAUUGUUGAACCAAAACCUUGCAAUUAAAGGAUUUAUCAACGGGUUGAGAUCAUUCAGAUGUCUUGAAAAAUGAAUGCUGAAAUUAGGAUUGAUAAAAUGAUAUUUCGAUCAG